AUGUUCCAUUCAAAAGGCUUCCGACUCAACUCUGAGCCCGAGAGCCUCCCCCCUCCCCUCUUCUACAACCCCAAGCCCCCCGCUUCAUGGCACGCAGACGUCCUCCAGUCCAUCAAGAGGUGGUUCACCAUGUGCUGCGGCAACCGCACCGCCCACAAGACGAGCGACGCGGCAGUCAGGACACUGGAAGAAGGGAAGAACCGGAUUGAGGAAGACUGCGAGCCACUGAUUGAAGGUGGGAUGGGUGCUGCGGAGAAGAGGGAGGCGUUGAGGCUUACACGGCAAUUCGGCAUGGAGGUUAGGGAAGAUGGCAUUUACUGUUUCAUUGUGCUUGAUUGUGCUUUGGAAUACCGGUUUACUUUGGAAUAUGGAAUAUGGAACAAGCACUAG